AUGGGUAGUGGUCAGAGCAUGAACCACAACCCAGGCGACAUGAUGGACCAUCACCAGUACCCGGACAUGAACAUGAUCUUCAAAGGAAUUCCAAAGAUGAUUCAGGUGGCCGACGACAUGCACAGAAUGACGGACUAUAUAAUGGAUCUUCGUAAUUUGACGAUCGCAGUUCUCGGUAUUUCUGUCAUCGGUCUCAUCUGCUUUCUUAUUUUGAAGAUAGUUCACAAUAAGUCCUCCAAAAGAAAGAGACGCUCACGACAGAUCGAAGAAGGAUACCCGCCAGCCGCUCCAAGAUACUACUACUCCUCGCAGUACGCUCCAGAACCAUGGGAUCGACCAAAGCACACCUACAGGAGAGAGCAUGAAGAUCAUAUUGAUUGUUCCAGCCCAUCUAUCGAAGAGAAAAAACAGUUGGAGUGCAGAAACAGCAGUCCGGAAUUCAAGGGAAACGGUUCAGUCAACUACAAGUGGUCGGUGAUCUGCCAUAUGUUGAUUCGUCAUGAAUUGCUCACCGAUUUUCGAAAAAUUCACAGAAUUUGA